UUUCUGCCUACAGCUGGACAUCUUUAAAGUUGUUGUCCCCAUAUAAGACAUUCUCGUGUUCUCUGCCCUCCAUACGGUGAGACAGAGAAAACCGUGAAAAGCAGAAUAGAGAGUACAUAACAUAUAACAUAAGUACUAUAUAUAUAAGUAGUAGUAGUAGUAGUAGUUCGCAGACAGGAGACAAUUGGAGUGUCCAUUGGUCUGGAUGGUGGCGGCGUACAGUGACGUGUGUGACUGUGUGUUGACUGUUGAGUAUCGUCGGUGAGCGGUUGGAAAGCGGUCGGGUCGGAUCAUCGAAGCAGGGAGCAGAGACCGCAUUCUCUUUUUCACCAGCCAAGUGAGUAGAGGUGUGUGAUUGCAAGAGGUGUCUUGCGCCGCCAUCGGCCAUUGUCUCAUCGGACAUGGAAGCCUACCAAAAUGGCAGAAGUCAUGCAGAUGUUUCUAUUUAUAUAUAAAUCAAAAUACCGCCGGAAAAACCCCUGGAGAAAUGAUAACAGGAGCAAACUGCUGUCUGGUAUACCGUGUAUGUUUUUAUGGAUAGUUUUAUUGUGGGUCGCGGUGCUAUGGAGCACAGCGACAGCAUCAUCGUCUUCUUCUUCGUCCUCAUCCUCAUCAGAAUCAACAUGCGAUUCCAUCAAUUGUGUCAACGGUAAUUGUGUCAAUGGUAGUUGUGUCUGUCAUGAUGGCUGGCAGGGUUCUGCUUGUCAGUACUGCAGUGGAAAAAUCAGGCUGACAGCAGCGUCGGGGAGCAUCCACGAUGGAGCUGGGAAUUACUCGACAGAUGUUAAGUGCUCGUGGCUGAUCGAGAGCAGCCAGAAUUCCUCAAUUCGGAUGCAUAUUGAAGAAUUUGCGACAGAAUGUGGCUGGGAUCACUUGUAUAUAUACGACGGCGAUAGCGUUGAGGCACCGCUACUUGGCGUAUUUACCGGAUUGAUGCACAAGGAUGAUUACCACAUCCGUCGGGUUCCGGAAGUAAUAGCACGAUCUGGCAGCGUCUUCCUACAUUUUUAUUCCGACGUAGCUUAUAAUAUGAGCGGAUUUAAUAUUACAUAUAAAACUAAUGCUUGUCCUAGCAGGUACUCGCAUAUAGAUUGCUCAGGAAAUGGUGUUUGUAUUGAGGGAGUUUGUACUUGUGAUGCAACUUGGACUGGCGAAGCCUGUGAUUCUCCGGUUUGUCCCAAUAAUUGCUCUCAGCAUCACAAUCAAGGCGAGUGUGAUCGUGAGAGACAUCAAUGUAUUUGUUUGCCGGGAUAUAAAGGUUCAGACUGUAGCCAAAGAGUGGAACGUGGUUACUGGGAAACGAUAUCAUACAAUGACUUUUCCCCAGAAGGCUCAGCAAGUCACUGUUCAGUGGUCUGGCGUGACUCAUUGUACGUAGUCGGCGGUGAAAGCUUUCAUAAAUCCAAGAUGAUAUACGUUUACGAUUUCAAUGGAAACGUUUGGGAGACACCACACAUCGAGGGUAUGCGUCCAGCGCCGCGAUACGCGCACUCAUGUGUGUUAUUUGGUGAUAAAAUUUACAUGUACGGCGGGGUAAUUAAGAAUUCAACAGUAACAAACGAACUGUGGGCGUUCGACGUAUCCGCAAAAGUCUGGGAGAACGUAACAGUAAGGCACAAUUGCAACAACAAAACAAUGUGCGGUCCCCUGAAAGUAGCCGGCCAUACCGCCAAUUUAAUCCACAGUUACGACAAGAGCGAAAAGAUGGUGGUAAUCUUUGGACACUCGCCUCACUACGGCUACCUGAACAUCGUCCAGGAGUACUCCUUCGGAACCCGCGAGUGGAAGAUCGUCGAGACCAUGGGGUUCCCUGUAAAAGGCGGCUACGGACACAGCUCCGCAUAUGAUCCCCUAACCAACCUCAUCUACGUCUACGGAGGGUACGUCUCCGAGUCUCAAAGCACGCAGAGCUUAACCAACCGGAUCUACUCCUACCAUCCUAACCACCGAGUCUGGAGACUCUUGACUUCAGCUCCAUCUGCUAGAUUCUUCCACACGGGCGUUUUUAUAACCGGGGGCCUGAUGAUCGUCUUCGGAGGCAACACUCACAACGACACGAUCCACUCCCACGGCGCUCUGUGCUACUCUGCUGACACAAUCGCCUACGACGUGACCUGCGACGCCUGGCACAACUUCCCAAUGCCUCCAGAAAUGUCUAAUCUCCCGAGGUACGGCCACUCAGCAACAGUCUUCGAAAAAUCAAUGUACAUAUACGGCGGAUUCGACGGACAAAUGUUAUCAGACAUGUUAAAAUACACCCCCGGAAGCUGUUCUAAUUUAACACCACAAACCCAGAACUCGUGUCUGAUCUCCAGGUCAGGAACCAAGUGCAUCUGGGACAAGCAGAGAAGCGAGUGUCUGCACGUAGCUGAUGUUCCUCGUGACAUACUAAGAACAGAUGAUGUCCACGAUGGAAGAUACAUGCAGUGCAUCGACGACACUCAGCCCAGAGGAAUGACUUCACACAAAGAACUCUGUAAAUUACUUACUGAUUGCACUGCCUGCGUCCAAACUUCUUACAACUGCGUGUGGUGUGGAAAGAGCUGUGUGUAUGAAAUGUGCAGACGCACUGCCAAUGCUCCUCCUCUUGCGGGAAUUACCACUUUAGAAGAAUGCGACGCUCACACUGGAGUCGAGUGUCUUCAAUUGCACACUUGUCCAGCUUGCUAUAAUAAUAUAAACUGUCACUGGUCGUGGUCCAACGGUCCAGAUCGUUGCAAGCCUACGCCCAAAAUUCGUGAUAUAAAUAUCAUGAAUGGGUCAAUCCAGGCUCAAGCUCAGCGACUGUCUUUAGACACUUGCAGAAGUCCGUGUGUUGAGUACACUUCUUGUAGGAAUUGCACAGAGUCUGAUUGCAUCUGGUGCCAGAAUGAACACAAGUGUGUUGAUAAAAAUGCGUACCCGGCUAGCUUUCCUUAUGGACAGUGUAGAGAGUGGACUACUAGUGACUCGAGGUGUCGGGCUACGGAGACUGGUCGUGAGUGGUGCAGCUUUUAUUCCUCGUGCUUGAGCUGCAGGUCAGACCCUGGCUGUGGUUGGUGCGAUGACGGCUCUAAUACUGGCAAGGGAAAGUGCAUCGCUGGAGGAGCCAGAGGGCCCAAGAUGGGCAGUUCUGAAGACACUUGUCCGAUUGAUAGGUGGUUUUUCACCAAGUGUCCAAGCUGCCAGUGCAAUGGGCACAGUACGUGCUAUCCUAAUACCACUGAGUGCAUAAAGCCGUGUGGGAACUUAACUCGAGGGGCUCAUUGUGAUAAAUGUAUGACUGGGUACUAUGGCAGUCCUCUCAAUGGCGCUACUUGCCAGCCUUGUUCUUGUAAUGAUCAGGGGACUGAGUGUACUAGUGAAACUGGGAAAUGCUUUUGUACUACUAAAGGAAUCAUCGGAGAUCACUGCGAAAGGUGUGAUGUUUCUAGUCUGUAUAAUGGAGAUCCGACCAAGGGUUCCUGCUUUUAUGACCUUGUUAUAGAUUACCAAUUUACAUUUAAUUUGAGUAAAAAGGAAGACCGGCACUAUCGAGCGAUAAAUUUUAAAAAUUCACCAUCUAAACCUGACGUAGACGCUGAAUUUUCCAUAACUUGCUCGGUACUUGCCAAGAUGAACAUAACAAUAAAAAAGGGCAAUAGUCCAGAAAAACCACUUCUUCUCGGUGCCAAUUGUACGACGUAUAAACAUCGUUUCAGUAAGGCUGACUAUAAUUUUGGAAAUGAAGAUAAUAAUACGCAAACGACAUUUUACGUUUACGUUUACGAUUUUCAACCACCACUGUGGAUCCAAAUAUCAUUUUCUCAAUAUUCUAAAUUAAAUUUACAACAAUUUUUCAUCACAUUUUCUACAGAUUACAUGACACCGCACAGGUGCUUCCUUGCUUUGCUGUUGGUGGCUGCUGUCCUGUGGAAGAUAAAACAAAAGUACGAUAUGUACCGGAGGCGUCAGAGACUGCUGGUAGAAAUGGAGCAGAUGGCCAGCCGGGCUUUCAGUCAAGUUCUUGUUGAAAUUGAGAGGCGAGAUGUCCUCUCGGAUCCUGAGCGCAAUGACUUAGAUGCAUACAAUGGUCAAAAGAAGAAAAAGGAUGCUCCCAGUCCUAUUGCUUUGGAGCCGUGCAAUGGAAACAGAGCAGCAGUUCUGUCUCUGCUAGUCAGACUACCAACCGGCGGCGAGGCGUACACGCCGUCAGGGCAAAGUGCUGGAUUAGCUGUUGCGUCAGCUCUAGUCACACUGGGUAGCCCUCGAAGGCCUUCGCAAGAGUUAACAACAAAAGAGCCCAAAAAAACCCGUAAAUCUGCCAGUCAACAUCCCGAUUCAACUUGUAUUUAACGAUUAAUACACCUACAGGUAAUACACAAAUAUUUUAAAUUCACCGUCUGUGCAUUUAAUUCACAGGGAUUAUCUCUAAUACAUUUUGUUAUUAUGUCGCCGGUGAAUUAAACAUUCAACCGGACGCUCCUCUUUAAUCUAAUCUUUUUUAUUUCAUCCUCUUUAACUUUAUUAUUCAAAUACAUAGACAUUAAUAUGUAUUACUAAGAGCUUCCGAGCUUGUUCAAUCGAUUAAUUUUUUAUUAUUAUUAUUAUUAUUAUUAUUUUUUUUUUUACUCUCUGACUGCCUUAAUAUGUCUUCUCUGCCGUUAUUAUUUUUAAUUAUUGUAAUUUUAGCUUUAUUAUUUUUUUUUUAAACACUUCCAUAUUUUUGGUUAUUUAUAAAUAAGUUAUUAAUUAAAAAUUAAAAAAAUUGGCAAGAGAUUAUUAUUGAUUUUGUAGUAUUGAUUGGAUUAUACCAGUGUCAAAGAUCAAAUUGUAUAAUAUAAUACGACACUAGUGUUUUAGUUAUUAAGGGGGUAUUCUGGUCUAGAAGCAUGAAAUUUCAGGUAAUUUUUGAAGUACCAUAAAAAAAAGGCAAUAAAU